GAUCCAGACAUGGGUCAUUGCAGGACUCUGGUUGAGACUGAGAGCAUGAGAGGCGUACUUGGCUGACCUUGAUUUACUCGUAGAAACUGUUAAGUUCAUCACCAUGGUUCAAGCUAAGAAAUGGAUACUUGCUCAUCAUUUCGAUGGCCAGCCAAAAGACAGCGACUUACAGCUGGUGGAAGAAACACUGCCCGACCUCAAAGACGGCGAUGUACUCAUAGAGGCCGUUUUCCUGAGCGUGGACCCUUACAUGAGACCGUAUUCAGCUCGAAGUCUGAAGGAAGGGGACACGAUGAUUGGCUCCCAAGUGGCUCAGGUAAAGGAAAGUCGAAAUGCCAAUUUCCCAAAGGACAGUUACGUCGUGGCCAAUGUGGGUUGGCGUAGCCACACAGUAACGUCUGACGAGUCCCUUCUCCGCCCCGUCCCACCCUUUGGGAAACUUCCUCUGUCGUACGCCUUAGGAAUACUCGGAAUGCCUGGAAUGACUGCUUACUUCGGACUUCUGGAGAUCUGUCAUCCGAAAGAGGGAGAGGUGGUACUGGUGAACGGCGCAGGCGGGGCAGUGGGGUCACUUGUGGGACAGAUCGCAAAGCUCAAGGGAUGUAAGGUCAUCGCGUUUGCAGGGACAGAGGAGAAAUGCCGGUGGCUGCGUGAGGAUCUCAAGCUAGACGUCGUCUACAACUACAAAAAGGUGGCCGACCAGGAAAAGGCCAUACGCGAGGCUGCCCCAGACGGUGUUGACUGCUUUUUCGACAACGUAGGUGGGGAAGCCUUCACUGCCGGAAUACACAACAUGAAGACCUUUGGCAGAGUAUCUUUGUGUGGUGCUAUAUCUACAUAUAACGCUAAGGGGGAGGAACUCAGAGGUCCGUAUGCCAAUGGAAUCAUCAUCAGUCGGCAACUUAAGUUAGAGGGUUUCAUUGUGCUCCGAUGGUUGCCAAAGUGGGGAGAUGCCAUCAAGGAAACGAUUGGGUGGAUUCAGCAGGGUAAAGUGCAAACCAAAGAAACAGUGACGGAAGGAUUUGAAAACAUGAGGGCUGCUUUCUACGGCCUGUUUACAGGAGAUAAUAUCGGCAAGGCGGUAGUUAAAGCUUGAACAACCCUCGAUCGUGUGUGUCAUAAAUAUUCAUGUGGGUGUUGCUCCACAUUGGCUUUGCGGAGUAUACUCUUUAUUUUUAUUUUUGUGUAUUUCUGUAAGAUGAAAAUAAAUAUUUAAGC